GUUCCCAAAGUUUGUGGAUACCUUUCCCAUUCCUUUUUCCUUUUAAAAAUAGAUCCUUCUAUUUAUGUAGAUUCCGAAAUAAAUAUGAACUCAGAAAUAGAUAACAAGAACAAGGGCAUACUGAAAACUCUUUACAAGGCAUUAGCAUUUACAUACGGUGACACUAAAAUGCUCACCGGACUUAUUGCCGAUGACUUAAAAUGGUGGUUUCAUGGACCCCAGAAUUGUCACUAUAUGAUGAAACUGCUCACUGGAGAGCUAUCUAAUAAGAAUUCUUUCAAGUUUAAGCCAAGAAAUAUAGAUGCUAUCCUUGUGAUUGUUGAAGAAUGGGACGGGGAAAAAGCUUAUUGGGUACAUAUUUGGACAUUAAAAAAUGGUGUUAUUACCCAAUUCAGGGAGUAUUUCAAUACAUGGCUUACUGUGACUGAGUUGAGGCCUAUGGGCUGCGUACGCUCCACUACACUAUGGCAGAGCCACCCAUGUGACCUCGAAAAAUGCUCAUUGCCAGGGCUUAUACUGGUAAUUUGAUGGUGGUGAGAGAAAGUGUCAUAUAGUACUAUAGUUCAUUAAGGAAAA